CCCAAGCGCUCACAUACAGAUCAGCUGCCCGCAAAGCUUGCCUGAUUAAAAAGUCCGAUACUUUGCUCUAAAACUAUCGAUCAGGUUGACACUAGAGUUGAUCUGCAGGCGUCUCUUCAGCAACUCAGACAAUUUCUGCCAUACUGGCACCAUAUCCUUUGCAAUAUACCGGAGUUAGCAGCUGAGAUGAUCCACAGUCUGUUCCUGAUUAAUCACUCGGGAGACCUCUUCCUGGAGAAACACUGGAAGAGUGUCAUCAGCCGGAGUGUGUGUGAUUACUUUUUCGAGGCGAAGGAGAAGGCAGUGGACCCGGAGAAUGUGCCCCCUGUCCUGCAGACCCCACACCACUAUCUCAUCACCAUAUACAGGGACAAGCUCUUCUUCCUUUCUGUCAUUCAGACUGAAGUCCCUCCACUGUUUGUCAUUGAGUUCCUGCACAGAGUGGCAGACACAAUUCAGGACUACUUUGGAGAGUGCUCAGAAAGUGUAAUCAAGGACAAUGUGGUGACUGUGUAUGAGCUGUUGGAGGAGAUGCUGGACAACGGCUUUCCACUAGCAACAGAGUCUAACGUCCUCAAAGAGAUGAUCAGGCCUCCCACCAUCCUGCGAUCAGUUGUCAAUACGCUCACAGGAGGUAGUAAUGUUGGAGAUACAUUACCAACCGGUCAGUUGUCCAAUAUCCCAUGGAGGAGGGCUGGUGUUAAAUACACUAAUAAUGAGGCAUAUUUUGACGUGAUAGAGGAAAUCGAUGCCAUUCUGGACAAAUCAGGUUCGACAGUAUUUGCAGAGAUCCAGGGUGUAAUUGAAGCCUGUGUGAGGCUCACUGGGAUGCCUGACCUGACUCUGUCCUUUAUGAAUCCUCGUCUCCUCGAUGAUGUGAGUUUCCACCCAUGUGUGCGGUUUAAGCGCUGGGAGUCUGAGCGCGUCCUCUCUUUCAUCCCGCCAGAUGGAAACUUCACACUCAUGAACUAUCAUGUCAGCUCUCAAAAUCUCGUGGCCAUUCCAGUGUACGUGAAGCAGAGCAUCACUUUCUUUGAGAUGGGACCUUGUGGUCGCCUGGACAUCACAAUCGGACCCAAGCAGACCAUGGGGAAGACGGUGGAGGCCUUGAUGGUCACUAUCCACAUGCCUAAAGCUGUGCUCAGUGCCAACCUCACACCCACACAGGGAAACUACACCUACGACCUUGCUACCAAGGUGUUGGUUUGGGACAUUGGGAAACUGAACCCCCAGAAGCUUCCUAACUUAAGAGGCAGUCUGAGUCUGCAGGCAGGAGCCCCCAAACCUGAAGAUAACCCAUCACUCAACAUUGACCUGAAGAUUCAGCAGGUUGCCAUAUCAGGUCUUAAGGUCAGUCGGCUUGACAUGUAUGGAGAGAAAUACAAGCCGUUUAAAGGGGUCAAAUAUCUGACUAAAGCAGGGAAAUUCCAAGUGCGGACCUGAGUAAUGACAUGUCAGAGGACAAUGGUCAACAAUCCAAUGUGCCAAAUAGGGAGCAAGACAAUCGACUCAAACAUGUCUUACAUAUCCUCUGGCUCAUUGUUAUUAAUGAAGAGUUAUUUAUUAUGUCUUUGGCAUUACAUAUAUAUGACUGAAUGGUAUUUGUGGCCUGUAAAGGGAAGCCUUAAUAAUCAAUGUGACCUUGUUGAAGUGCUUCUAGUUUCUAUCUAGUUUAAAUGUGCUGUAUUGUAUGCACCAUUCCUCCUUUUCUUUUUGGACUUUUUCAGUUUUUUUUUUCUUUUCUUUUCUUUUCUUUUAACACCUUCUGAUUGUUGCCUGAGGGAAAUAUUUCUGUUUGAAAAGUGACACUCCCAUUUUAACACAACUAUACAUACAAUCUUGCAUUUUGCCUAAAAGUAAGCAACCAUGCCUUUGAAAACAUUUUUACAUAAUAUAAGGUAGCAAGUUUUAUACUAAACACAUUUUCAAAAAUAUUUUAGUCUUUAGUGCAGGUAUUUCUUACACACAUUCAUUCUUUAAUGAGGCCUUUGGGUAGGUAAAGGUGCUUUGUAUAGCACACUACAGCACAAAUACAUGUUUUGGAGGCAUGAGUGGAAGUACAUUCUUUUUCAAAAUAUAUCUUUACAUCUAACGUACAUUGUUUGACUUAUGGAGAACUAUCUGCAGGGCCUGUACACAAUUGCGUAAAAAGGAACUCAAGGAAAUCUACAAAAUCCUCACAUAAUCUUGAAUGCAACUAUAUACUCAGCACAAGAUUUGCACAAUCAGUUGUUGAUGUGAAAAAUACUACUUAAAGCUCCUUAAGAAGUUGAAUCUGUAUUCCAGUGUGUAAUAUGUCUUAUAAAAGCUUUAAAAAGA